AUGGUCUCUAGACCUGCGUCAGAGGCCUCAUCGGCAAGCUCCUCACCACGUAGCAUCUUAUUUCGCGCCGAGGACCGGUCCGUAUUCCUCGUCGACAUCCCCGCCUCUCUGGAAGAAAGCCAGGUCUUGCCGGGUCACAGUGCCGAGACAGUAGGGCCACCGCAAAGACGGCUCGUCUCAGUCGACCCCGUUGCCACACCCUUUUCAAUACCGGAACCCCGGGACCCCCAGACCAACAACCAAACGCCAGCGAGCCAACUUGCAGACCUUAUGAUUGAGGCGGCGGUGAGAAGUGCCCUUGACACGCUAGGCAAGAACUACGCCGCGCCAUUCUGCCUCCCACGGGUGACCACCGGCGGGAGCAGCAACAUUAGAGACAGCAGCGGCGGCUUAGGCCGGAAGAGCCAGCAGGAUCAUGUUACGUCGCAAGGAGCGGAUGCGGAUGCGGCUGCGGUUACGGCGCAUUUCAUCCCUGAAGAGUCUGUAUAUCUGAGCGGCUCGAUCCAAGAGACGAGAGACUCAUUCCUCUCGACAGCGCCCAAGUUCCACCUCAUCGUUCUGGAUCCCCCAUGGCCCAACAAAUCAGCGAGAAGAAAGACGGGCGGCUAUUCCACCGUCUACGGUCUCAAGGAUACCCGGACGCUUCUGGAUCAAAUUCCCGUCGUUGGCCAUCUUGCUGAUGGCGGCCUCGUUGCUAUUUGGGUGACUAACAAAGCAACUUUGGUAGACUUGCUCACCUCGCCCAGAGGAGUUCUCGCCAGCUGGGGCCUCGAGGCCGCCGCUGAAUGGACCUGGGUCAAGCUCACCUCCCAAGGAGAGCCUGUAUUCGAUACCGAGUCUGCUUGGAGAAAGCCGUGGGAGAGACUCAUCAUUGCCAGAAAAAGGGGCGACAACCGCAAGGUCCCGCAGAGGGUGAUCGCCGCGGUGCCUGAUGUACACUCCCGGAAGCCAAAUCUCCGUCACUUGUUUGAAGACUUGCUGCCUCAAGGAUACCUUGGCCUCGAGGUGUUUGCGCGCAACUUGACGGCGGGUUGGUGGGGAUGGGGCAACGAAGUCCUCCGCUUUCAAGAGUCCCAACACUGGGUUGCGCAAUAG